GCGUUGCAAUCAUUCGGAAUCUUCGGAAUGGUGAUGCUCUGUGCAAAAGUGAAAAGUUUUACGAAAAUGACGACGGAAGUUUAAUUCUAGUGUGAUUAGGUGUAAUUUUUUGAUUUCGAGCGAAUUUGCUGCGUACCAGUUGAUUUCCAGCGCAGUUACUAUUGUGGUGAAGGUUUAUAAAAUUAUCCUGUAAAGAGCAAACAAUCAAUCAUGUCGUCGUCGGCGAUUUUUAUCCUGGACGCCAAAGGCAAAGUGCUCAUUUCCCGCAACUACCGCGGUCACAUCGAUAUGGGUGUUAUCGACAAGUUCAUGCCGCUCUUGAUGGAAAAGGAGGAGGAGGGUUUGAUAACACCAAUAUUGCAGACACCGGAAUGUACCUUCGCGUACGUGAAGACUAACAAUCUCUAUCUGGUGUCGGUGACUCGCAGCAACGCGAAUAUCGCGCUGGUAUUUGUAUUCCUCCAUAAGGUGGUGCAAGUUUUUACCGAAUAUUUCAAAGAACUAGAGGAGGAAAGUAUUCGGGACAAUUUUGUCGUCAUUUACGAGCUGCUGGAUGAGCUGAUCGAUUUUGGCUAUCCACAAACCACGGAUAGUAAAAUUUUACAGGAAUACAUAACACAAGAAGGACAUAAGUUAGAAAUUCAACCUCGAAUUCCAAUGGCAGUCACGAACGCCGUGUCGUGGCGUUCUGAGGGUAUUAAGUAUCGAAAAAAUGAGGUAUUCCUCGAUGUUAUCGAAAGCGUCAACUUGCUGGCAAAUGCAAACGGAAAUGUGCUCCGCAGUGAGAUAGUAGGAGCUAUCAAGAUGCGUGUUUACUUGUCCGGAAUGCCGGAGCUGCGACUGGGUUUGAACGAUAAAGUUCUGUUCGAGAGCACCGGUCGCGGCAAGUCCAAAUCGGUCGAGCUGGAGGACGUUAAAUUUCAUCAGUGCGUGCGGUUGUCACGUUUUGAAAACGAUCGGACAAUUUCGUUCAUUCCUCCGGACGGUGAGUUCGAGCUGAUGUCCUACCGGCUGAACACGCAUGUGAAGCCGCUGAUUUGGAUCGAAUCCGUUAUCGAGCGACACGCCCAUAGCCGGGUGGAGUACAUGAUAAAGGCGAAGUCGCAGUUUAAGCGCCGAUCCACGGCGAACAACGUGGAAAUUGUCAUUCCCGUUCCAGCGGAUGCUGAUUCGCCCAAGUUCAAAACUACGAUCGGCAGCGUUAAGUACGCUCCGGAGCAGAAUGCCAUCACCUGGACGAUCAAGUCAUUUCCGGGCGGUAAAGAGUAUUUGAUGCGGGCACACUUUGGACUGCCGAGCGUCGAAUGCGAGGACACAGAAGGCAAGCCACCGAUUCAAGUAAAGUUUGAAAUUCCGUACUUCACCACUUCCGGUAUUCAGGUCCGCUACUUAAAAAUCAUUGAGAAGAGCGGCUAUCAGGCACUACCGUGGGUUCGCUACAUCACCCAGAAUGGCGACUACCAACUGAGGACAAAUUAAGGGAAGCUGUCUGUGGUACCCAGCAAUGCAUGUUAAUUUUUGAAAAAUGAAACAAGAGGAGUGUACAUUUUAUAUUGCGACGAACGAAUGGGAAUAGUUUGACUAGUAGUAAUCGUAUCAAUAUUCAGCACAGCUCCCAUUCUAUUAUUUCGUUUCAGUUUUUCGUGUAGAUUCUGAAGUUAGAGAGUAGGCAAAAAAGGGCCUUCUAGUUAAAAUUAUCGGAAAAAGUAUUAAGAAUCAAAAAGAAAGUUUACCUAUUUUAUUUGUAAUUAAUAGACAUUCGAUUUAUGUUCCACAA